AUGUCUGCCCCCAAGGGGCACAUAUCACACGAGAAACCCGCCGACGAUGCGAGGAAGCCGGACGAACAAGGUGCCACUAGCAAGCCGCUCACUUACCGCGAGAAAUACAAGGCUUUCUGUGAUACAUUCCACCCGGUGCCAGUGCUACAGAGAGAAGACGUGCCCAAGGGCACCGAAUUCUUCGAUCCCAAGUACAACGAUCAGCUUACUCGCGAGCAGCUCCACUCCCUUCUGUAUGGACCCGACCCAGAGUUUUCUCCAAUGGAAGGCGGACCUCUCCUCCGUUACUAUGGAUGGGUCUUCACGGAAAACUGGGUCAUCAAGUGGGCCAGAGAUAUCAAUCUCACGGUCCUCAUCCAGGCCGAGUACCUCGUCCGCCACCCUGAGCUCAUCUCAGAUGACGAACAGUUCGAAUUGGCCUCCUUUCCGGACGAUUCGCCGCUGUUCACCGACCCAGAUCUCCGUGGUAUCGUAAGCGCCCUCGCACGGUGGAGGGUCGUGCGGCACAUCUCGGAGCUGGUAGUUCUCUCCUUGGACAUCGAGAUUCCGAUCGCGUACGGAUACAAGCAGAUGGUCGUGUUCUGCACCAAUUACACGGUCGCAAGGCGGCUCUGGCUUGUCGGGAGCAUGGGAGACGAAUGUGACAUCAUGGAAAGUCUGGACCGGUACAUGGCGGAACCAGGUGAAGAGUCCAAAGAGGGCUUGUGGUAUUUCGCUGCGGACAACCCCAUCUAUGUGGGCAUGCGCGCGCCGGGAAAAGCCUCGAUGACCACGAUGCCUCCCGGAGCCUCUGUUUGUUAG